AGGAAGCCGAGUAGGACAGCCCCAGAGGAGGAGUAUACACAGCCGCUAGCUCUUCCCCCGCGGCGCCCGAUCGAGCCUUGGAGGAGACUCGAACCCUAAUCUUCCGCCUCGAUCUCUCCCGCCGCAGGAGAGAUCCCACUCAGCCUCGGCUCCAAUCCGCGACUCGACUCGAAGCUCCAGCUCCGCCGCCGCCCUCCGCCUCCGAUGGAUCCGAAGCUGGUGGAGGUGACGCAGCUGUUCGACCGCUUCAAGGCGGCCUUCAAGGCCAGCAAUUUCGACGUCUGCUCGACCCUCCUCUCGCAGCUCAAGGUCCUCCUCACCAAGUUCCCCAGCGUACCCCCGCUGUUCCAGCAGACGCCCAACGCCGUGGAGGAGCUCAAGCUUGCGAGGGAAAUUUAUGAGCAGGCAGUUAUUUUGAGUGUGAAAAUGGAAGACCAAGAUGCAUUUGAAAGGGACUUCUGCCAGCUCAAGCCCUAUUACAUGGACACAUGUGGCAUAAUUCCUCCAUCAUCGGAGGAGUACCCAAUCAUGGGGGCUAACCUUCUGAGGCUGUUAGUCCAGAAUAGAAUUGCGGAGUUCCACACUGAGCUGGAGCUUCUUCCCGCCAAAGCGCUGGAUAAUGCUUACAUCAAGCACGGGGUUGAGCUCGAGCAGUCCUUUAUGGAGGGCGCAUACAACCGCGUGCUGAGCGCUCGACAAACCGCGCCUCAUGAAACCUACAUAUACUUCAUGGACCUUCUCGUCAAAACGGUUAGAGACGAGAUAGCUGGGUGCAGCGAGAAGGGAUAUGAUUACCUGUCAAUAAACGACGCGAAGCAGAUGUUUAAGUUCAGCUCCGACAAGGAACUGGAACAGUACAUCGCAGAGGAACACCCCGAGUGGGAUGUCAAGGAUGGCCGGGUCUUGUUCCAGAAGGUGAAGGAGUCGCAGCCCUGCAAGGAGAUCCCGGCGGCGCCGGUCAUCAACCAGACCCUCGGCUACGCGAGGGAGCUGGAGAGGAUUGUGUGAUUUGUUUGCCUCUUUUUUCAUCUUUGGACUGAAUUUCCCAUGAAGAGGUGGAUUAUUGGAUCGCCCUGUGACUCAGCUGUACUAUUUUGUUAAAUCGAUUGUUUCACCCACUGUUUCCAAAGAUACACAACUGUGAAAUGUCGGCUUAAAAUGGCAAAAGAAACAACGUUUGUUAUGUUAGUCAA